UCCCACACGUGGAAGAUAAACAGAAAUGUAAAUAUGAACCGGCCGAAUUUGGUGACUUUCGAUUAGUUGAUAAUUGUUGUUAAAGGUCACCGAUGACAAUUAUGUAACGUACAGAAGUGGUAAAACAAAUAUGCGAAACGUUCGUUAAGCCUAAUAUUAUUUGUGCCUGAUCAAGCAUCGCGUGCAAACCAUGAGGCAGUAUACAGUAGCGUUACUGGUACUUGGAGUAUUAAUACUCCAAGGGUUUUCCCUUGAACCAUCCGAGCCACGUAUCGCCAUUAUAGGGGGUGGCAUUGGCGGUGCGUCCGCCUCGCAUUUUCUCACCGAAUUGCUUUCCGGAGCUUUGGACGUCGACUUGUACGAGGCGAGGACUAUCGGCGGACGAUUGGCGACCGUCGAAAUCGACGGGGAUGAAGUCGAGGCUGGCGGUACAAUUAUACAUCCCAAGAACAUGUACAUGCAGAAAUUUGUUGAACUCUUGGGGUUGGAAAAGAAACCUCCCAGCAAGGAGAAGAUGGGCAUAUGGAACGGAGACGAAUUUGUAUUCAUAGAAAGUGAUUGGUCCGUGAUAUCGUUGUGGAAGUUAUUUUACAGAUACGGCUAUCAACCGUAUACACUCCAGAGACAUAUAAACAGCAUGAUAGAAGAUUUCACAAAGAUAUACGAUCUGCAAGAUGCCGGGCAGUCUUUCGCCAACGUCGAAGCGCUGCUGUCAGCUAUGAACAAGGAUUUCCCCAAGUUAUUGCAUACGUCCACGAAAGAAUAUUUUUUGCAGAUGGAUUACUCGGAGAAACUGAUCGAUGAAUUAGUGGAAAGCGCUACUGUGGUGAAUUACGGUCAGGACGUCACCGAUAUCCAAAGUUUCGUUGGUAGUAUAUCUUUAGCGGCAAGUGGUGAUUUAUGGUCUGUUAAAGGUGGAAAUAAAAAGGUGCCGGAGCAACUCAUUCACAGAAAUGAGAAAGUAAAAGUAAUACCGAGUCGUGUCACAAAGAUUCGUAACUUACUAAACCACGAUGAUUCGCACCGUUAUGAAGUGACCUACGUAAAUACAGAUAACGCGAUAAUGACAUCUACUUAUGACAUCGUAAUUAUCGCUACACCACUCACAAGAGACCAAGAAUUCCAAAUAGAAUUUGUAGAUUUGCCGGACCUGGUGUUUCCGGGAAAGUAUCAGACAACGUAUGCGACGUUUGUCAAAGGGGAUCUCGCACUAAAGUACUUUGAUUUGCAAGAGGCUGUGGAUAGCAUUUUAUGUUGCAAUCCCAAUAAAACGAAGAUCAGUUCGAUCGGAAAAGUGGAUUCCGUUGAUGGUUCAAUUAAGAAAAAUUCAUCAGUCUGGAAGAUCUUCAGCAGGACACCUGUGGAGACACGUCUUCUAGACGUUAUGUUUUCUGACGUUAUUGAGAAUACACAAAUUGGUUGGAAAGCAUAUCCCCAUUACUCGACAAAUAUGAAGCUUGGUAACUUUAAGCUGCACGAUGCUCUGUAUCAUGUCAAUGCAAUUGAGUGGGCCGCAAGUGCGAUGGAAAUGAGUGCGAUAGCUGGAAGAAACGUCGCUAUUUUGGCGAACAAAGAUUUUCUUCAAAAAUCCUCUUCAAAAAUGUCUAAUGAAGAGGUUCUUAAAAGUUCACCUAAAAAACGUACGGCUGGGGAAUUGUAAUGCCAUUAUUAUUCUUGCCGUUGAUAUUGUUAAUAGAUUUUAUAUUGUGUAAAACCUCGGAGAUUAUUUUUGUAGUCCAUUUUUGUAGUACAUAAAAGAAGUUACGAAAUAAAGUUAUAGAUAUAAAAUAUACA